AUGAUACAAAUUUCUUGAAUCACUUCAGUGACGUGUUAAGUGCAUGAAGGAAAUGUAAUUAUGAAUGAGAAGUAAAAUUUAUAAAUGAAUAUCAAUUAUCAUCUUGUUUCGUGUAGAAAUAUCUCAAAAAAGGAUAAAGAUAUAGAGGACAUACUGCUGACUUGAUAAAACACCUGGGACAUACAGCAUGUUGUAUAGAGAACGUAUAAAUGUAUUGACUUAUGUAAAUAUUUCUGUACUUACUACGGCACCGAAUUAAGCGAUCCUUUGAGGUGAUGUGACUUGUAAACAAGAAACAGCGUGAAUCAGUGUGUGAAUUAUUGCCACAAAUAUAUGUAGCGGUAGGAGAAAAGAUUUAUAUAAAUCUGUUGGAUAUGAAUUAUUGCAACAAAUGGAUAUACUGGAUAUGGCUGCUGACGUAUAAAUGAAAUAAUUGUUGGCGAUCAUAAUUAUGCAAUAUAUCUUAAACAGUUUAAUACUGGUAAUAUUUCUUUACAUAAAUAUGACAAUAGCAACGGAAAAUGGGAUUUCACCAACUUUAAAAACAAAUGUGGAAGUCGCUACUACUACAAUGGUGAAAUUGACGGAUAUUACAGAAACAGUACAGGAAAUAAAUACUAGUAGUUCCUUGGUUUAUGAACAUAUUCAUAUGACAGAAAUAUCUGCAAGUGAAUUCACUGAAAAUAAAGGUUUACUAAAUGAUACCACAGAAGAGUUUGAUAACAAAACGAAUGAAAGUGAUUAUGAAGUCGAUGAUAUUCAUUCAAGUUUUAAUUUAGCAAUAAUACCAACUGUUGCUGUCUUUGUUUUUAUAGUUAUAACUUGUAUCAAAUGUUGCAAAUGGUUUCAACAGUAUACAAGGAGAGAUAGCAAGGACGAUCUUUUCUACGCAGUUGUCGUAACUGAUGACGACAAGGAACACGGUCAUACUGAUAUCACUUUGGAAUCAGCAUCCGCGGCUUGUUACGACACGGUAUAUUCUUCUAGUUUGAAAUACGGUGGCAACGGAAACGUAUUAAGCUCAAUAAGAACAUGGCUGCAGGAUUGCAUAAAGAGCGGUGGUUUUAAAUCCUCACUGCAUAGGAUAGAGCAGAAAAAUGUGAAUUGUGAAACAUAUAUAAAACAAGUUACUUCAUUAAGAUAUACAGGAAAUAAAACAGAUGAAACGAUUGACGACUUAGAUGUAAGGUUUUAUUCAACCUCCAGCGCGGAAACUGUCAGUGAGCACCUACCCGAUUCUCCUGCCAUCAGACAUAACAACGGAGUUUCAAUUUUGACUGAAACAAUUCCGAUAACAGUCAACAAUAAAACUCCUAACGGUAACAUAAACCACGAAAAACUAAUCCGUUCUAAAUUGAAAAAGUCAUCAACAGCAACAUCAUCUAAAACAACAUCAACAGUUAGCAGAUUAGAAGGAACUCAUGAAGAAACAAAAAUGGUAGAUGUUGGUAUACAGACUAACAAAUCUUUUAUGUAUAGUUUAAGUAAAUCAAAAGGACAUGCAGGUAAUAGCGACUUAGGCGAAAAACUUUCAAAUAGACUAAGUACGAGCACUUCGGCAUUGCAGCUAGAAGAGAGUCAACUUAUCGAUGAUAAUAUGAAUACAUUGAGUGAAAACAGUGAUAAAAUUGAAGCAUGUAAAUGGGAAAAUUAUUCCAGUAUUUCACACGGCGAAAACAGGAAAAGUUCAAAUUCAACAGAUUUUCUUGAGAUUUCAAAAUAUCCAUUCGACCCAAAGGUAGAAGUGAUUCAGUAUUACAAGCAAACGAAAGAAACAGACGGAGAGUUAGACGACGAUGUGUUGAAAGAGGAUAUGAGAAUAGAUUCUGAACCUAAAAAUAAAACUACCGCGGUUGAAACAUGUAAUACUGUUAAUAAAAGAAGUAUGGAUGAUUCAUCGGCGGGAUUGACUAAGUCUGAAAUCUAUUUGUGCAGUCAUUGCAAGACCAAAUCUUGUAGAAAUAUUGUCGAUCCUGUUUGUGAUGAAAGUCGUUUACUAGCUUCAGAUAUAAAUCCUGUGAUUCAAAGAAUGUGCGAAAAAUGCAAAUCGGAAUGUAAGCAUAAAACAAACAAUAAAAACCUGCAAAACAGAAAAUGAUAUUACAGAAGAGUUGCUGACAAAACAUGAUUAUGAAUUCAAGGAAAUCAACAAAAGACCUUCAAGCAAGUUUUUGCUGGAGAGCAGCGAGUAUGCAGAAUUACCUUCCAGUGAUAGUGCCUCUAUAUCAUUAUGAAUGUCAUCAAAAAUACUUUAUUCUGACUUUAUGUUGCAAAGACAAUCUAAUCCUUGUUACAUGCCAGUUUAUCAUCUACAUCAGAUAUAUAUGUUCAAUUUCAUAUGCAGAACCUUCGUUUUUAUUAUGGUAUUUUGAUAAUAAUGAGAAAUACAGUUUAAUAUUAAAGUCAUUUGUUCUCUUAAAUUAUUUAUACAUAUAAGUUUUACUUUCUAAUACAUUAUUUCAGAAAACAUAUUGAUAGAUGUAGCUGUUCUUUAAAAUAUAAUUUAUGUUCUUCGAUUAGUAGAAUAUAUUAUCCGUAAGUGUUUACCUGGAACCAAUCAAUAUUCCGAAUGUGUGUGUGUGUUUUUAUGUUUGAGGCCCCGUGAGUAUCUACGCCCAUAUUCCAUGUAGAUCGGAGUGUCGUUCACAUGUUAACCUUACAGUAUCACAAUUUGUUCAGAAUACUGUACAUUUGAUAGCAUCAAAUACAUGCAUGCCAUACGCAAGUACAUAUAUUUA